UGACGGGGAGUCAGAAGACAUCCACAAGCUCCAUAAACCGCUGAGUGUUGUCAUCACGCUGACAGACGGAGCAGAAGCUGAAGAAGCUGCAGUCACACAUCGGGAAGCUUUUGUCAUUACAGCACAAUGAGGGAAAUUGUUCACAUUCAGGCCGGACAGUGCGGUAACCAGAUCGGUGCCAAGUUUUGGGAGGUGAUAAGCGAUGAACACGGCAUUGACCCCACCGGCAGUUAUCAAGGUGACAGUGAUCUGCAGCUGGAGAGGAUAAACGUAUAUUACAAUGAGGCCUCUGGAGGUAAAUAUGUCCCCCGUGCAAUCCUGGUGGAUCUGGAGCCUGGCACCAUGGACUCCGUGCGCUCGGGCCCAUUUGGACAAAUCUUCAGGCCAGAUAAUUUUGUUUUUGGUCAAAGCGGCGCUGGGAACAACUGGGCUAAAGGCCACUACACAGAAGGAGCAGAGCUGGUGGACUCUGUGUUGGAUGUUGUACGCAAAGAGUCGGAAAACUGCGACUGCCUGCAGGGCUUCCAGCUCACACACUCCCUGGGCGGAGGCACCGGGUCGGGCAUGGGUACCCUACUCAUUAGCAAGAUCCGAGAGGAGUACCCCGAUCGCAUCAUGAACACCUUCAGCGUCAUGCCUUCACCAAAGGUGUCCGACACGGUAGUGGAGCCUUACAACGCUACGCUAUCCGUGCAUCAACUGGUGGAAAACACAGACGAGACGUUCUGCAUCGACAAUGAAGCGCUCUAUGACAUCUGCUUCCGCACGCUCAAACUCACCACUCCUACUUACGGCGACCUGAACCACCUCGUCUCUGUGACCAUGAGCGGGGUCACCACCUGCCUGCGAUUCCCGGGUCAACUGAACGCCGACCUCCGCAAGCUGGCCGUCAACAUGGUGCCCUUCCCUCGCCUCCACUUCUUCAUGCCUGGCUUCGCCCCACUGACAAGCCGCGGAAGCCAGCAGUAUCGCGCCCUCUCCGUCCCGGAGCUGACACAGCAGAUGUUCGACGCCAAGAACAUGAUGGCGGCCUGCGACCCACGCCACGGCCGCUACCUCACUGUGGCAGCCAUCUUCCGUGGACGUAUGUCCAUGAAAGAGGUGGACGAGCAGAUGCUCAGCGUUCAGAACAAGAACAGCAGCUACUUCGUGGAAUGGAUCCCCAACAACGUCAAGACGGCAGUUUGCGACAUCCCACCCCGUGGUCUCAAAAUGUCGGCCACGUUCAUCGGCAACAGCACGGCCAUUCAGGAGCUGUUCCGUAGGAUCUCCGAGCAGUUCACCGCCAUGUUCAGACGCAAGGCUUUCCUGCACUGGUACACCGGAGAGGGAAUGGAUGAGAUGGAGUUCACAGAAGCCGAGAGCAACAUGAACGACCUGGUCUCCGAGUACCAGCAGUAUCAAGACGCUACCGUUGAUGAGAUCGGAGAAUAUGAGGAGGACGAUCUCGAAGACGAGGAGGAUGUUCGCCAUUGAGAGAGCUCUCUAAAAAGCUGCACAGUUGAUAAUAUUUUAUUUUGAAAUCCAUGGCUUGUAGUUUAAAUGCUAAUGCAAUAGCAAUGUGAACAACACUGCAACUUCAUAAUUCAACAGGUGCUGUUGCUUACGGUCCAGGCUGGUGGAGAGACGAGUAGACCGUCAGUUCAUCAACAGCAUCAUCGGUCCUUUUUGUGUUGUAACAUAUUUCAAUCCCUGUUGCCAUGUGGAAUAAAUUACAAUAAAUCACA